GUCAUGAACGAAUCUCCAAAGAGGCGGAGGGGAUGCAGGUUCCCUCCUACCAGCCUCCCGAAGUCUACGUCACAACGCCUCAGAAGGGAUAGAAGCAUUUGAUUGGCAGAGUCGCCUACCCAUCCAUGAGGCGCGGAGGAGAGGGCUAGAGUUGGCCAUAGGGACCAACCCGGAUGAGGGCGAAGUCUGAAAGCAAACCAAUGACUACGCAGAGAGCGAGAAGGUGGGGUAGCUGCUCCUCAUUCAGGAGACAGAGGAAGAAGCUGCUGCGGCUGAAGAGCAGGCUGUGUGGUGCCACUGCAAGAUGAGCCGCUUUCUGAAUGUACUGCGUAGCUGGCUAGUUAUGGUGUCCAUCAUUGCCAUCGGGAACACAGUGCAAAGCUUCAGAGAUCACAGCUUCCUCUCUGAGAAACUGUACACAGGCAAACCAAACCUUGUAAAUGGCCUCCAGGCUCGAACCUUUGGCAUCUGGACCCUGCUCUCAUCUGUGAUUCGCUGCUACUGUGCCAUUGAUAUCCGCAACAAGACCCUCUAUAACAUCACGCUUUUGACCUUCUUCAUUGCCCUGGGCCACUUCCUCUCUGAAGUGUUUAUUUAUGGAACAGCAGCUGCAACAAUUGGUGUCCUGGCACCCCUAAUGGUGGCAAGUUUCUCCAUCCUGGGUAUGCUAAUUGGGCUGCAGUAUCUGGAAGUGGAAGCAGCAUCACAGAACAAGAAAUGGAACUGAAGCUGUGGACCCCAUAUAUGUUGGAUCUGCCUACCAACCAUCUUCAAGUAUCCACUACCAUGUUUCCUUCUCGACCCUCUCUUCUCACCCCGUGCCCUACAAGUAGACAGAUCCUAUUUGGACUUCGCUAUCCAUCAUGUUUUUGUUUCCAAUCAUCUUUGAAUGAGAAGGCAACACUUGGUCUGUGACCAACAGCAGAAGCCCAGCCCUGAACAGCUGCUCAAAGCUGGGUGUGGGUUUCCAUGAUGUGGGUUGGUGGAGACAGGACAAGUCUUGCCAAGUGCAGGAAAGAGAUUCUCCCUGUCCCCAACCCACCCCUCAGGCAUCCAGCAGGGAGGAAAUGUAGAGCUGCCCAAGCCCCACUGGAGAUGGUUGUGGGAAGAGAGGACCAGGCAAACUUCUUGGUGACACGUGGUGGCCUGCAUAUAUGUCCAUAAGCAUGGUUUGUAAUAAACAAGAAAAAAAACUUGCAGAACUCCAGCUUCUUUUUAUCUGCUGGGGAAAAUGAGAGCUGUUGGACUGUCUCUCUCUCACUCAUGAACUUAAUAAAUGAUACAAUGACCUUUUGAAUUUUCCAUUCCAAA